CCCUGGGAGCCACAGUACAGUUACUCCUGUCUCUACAUUGUAGCAGAAAGUCAGCCAUUAGCUCUGUAACAUUUGCUGCCUACCCUCUGUCUGUCUCAGAUGCAGAUGAAUGCACACUGUUUGGCCAGGAGGUAUGUAAAGGAGGCUUCUGUUUAGACACUAUGGGCAGCUAUGAGUGUUACUGCAAGACUGGACAAGACUACGACCCUACCAAACUGGAGUGCAGAGACAUCAAUGAGUGUCUGGAUGAGUCUGUGUGUGUUGGUGGACAGUGUCAGAACACAGAUGGUUCAUUCAUGUGUUUAUGUACUCAUCCUAUGGUGUUGGACCCCAACAGUAACCGCUGUGUCUUUGUUCCUGAGGUGGCUGAGCAACAUGAGGCUGAGCAGAUAGACUAUCAGGGUAUCUGCUGGCAGACGGUGACAGAAACCAUGACGUGCACACGGCCGCUUGGUCCCAACAGGAAGGUCACAUACACGGAGUGCUGCUGUCUGCACGGAGAGGCCUGGGGCAUGGACUGUGCCCUAUGUCCGCCUAGAAACACCGGUACAUACUACACAACAACACACACUGCUCCCCUGUGUAGUGUUAAUGAACGUUACAGUGUGGGGCAACAGAUUAUCUGCUGCGAACAUAAAACAUGA